GGCCCGGCAGCUCAGACGCGUCGCUGCCGUUGUUGACCGCCGACUCCCAGCUGGAGCAGAGAUGGACGUGGGAAGGCGCGUGUCUGCGUGGUCGGUGGAGGAGGUGCUGGACUGGAUGGAGGCUCAGUUCCCAGAGCUGGCCGUGGUCCUGCAGAAGGCCAUCAUCAAGCACGACAUCUCAGGCCGAGCGCUGCUGAGACUCAAGGACCAUCACCUGGAGCUGCUGGGCGUGGAGGCGCCGGAGCAGCAGCAGGAGCUUCUGCAGGACCUCCUUCUGCUGCGGGUCCGAGAGGAAACCCAGGAACUGGCCGACAUCUGCGCCGAGCUCUUCUCCCCGUGAUGGGCCUCCUCCCUAACCCGUCCCUCAGCUCUCCACCAGAGGCAGUGUGGCACCGGUCCUCACUUUCAUUUGACUCAAGUUGUCAUGCUGCAACCUCUGCUAGCCUUUAGCAUUGCUAGCGUCCCAGCAGACCACAG